AUGGUUGCGAUUGUCUCGCCAGUGACCGAAUAUGAUGCUGCGGUGGCCUUAGACGAGGGAUUGGGCCAGGUGUUUCAUAAGCGCAUGAUCGAAAACCCGACAGCCAUAGCAAUUACGGAUGAGCAGGGGCAGAGCCUAACUUAUGAACAAGUGCACAAUAAGGCCAUCGAAUUAGCAUGUCGCCUCGCCCAGACAGAUUUCCGCCGAGGUGAAAGGGUCGGCAUUGUCGUUCAGCAUGGCAUCUGGGACGCAGUAACGCAGGUGGCCAUCAUCUAUGCCGGGGGAACCUGCGUGCCUCUUGACCCUCUUCUGCCCGACCAGCAAAUUCAAGACCGACUCGAAAGACUAAGGGCCCGGCGUGUGUUAGUAGAUGCGGCCAAUUGCAAGCGUAAUCUUCCAUCUCUUACGCUGGUGCCCCUAUGGGAAUUAAAUGACGAAGAUCGAGCCGAUGAGCCCUCCACAGCGGACUGCUGCUAUCCAGUUGAUACCGGGCUUUCCCACUGCACGCAUCUGAUCCAUACCUCGGGCACAACGAGCAAACCGAAAGCCGUCCAGAUUAUAGCUCGCUCCAUUCUUCACGUUGCGUACUAUGCGCCCUUUGAGCCUGUCCGGAAAUCAGAUAUUGUGAGCCACGCCAACAACACUAGUUUCGAUGUGGCAUUAUUUGAUAUAUGGUGCCCGCUUGUCCACGGAGCCCGGAUUGCAGUCCUGAGCAAAACGACCUUGCUAGAUGUGCCAGCCAUGGCGGCUGCCAUCCGUCAACUCGGGAUCACAAUCAUGGCCACCACAACCCCACUUGUCAACCUCGCGGCGACGACCUGCCCGACAGCAUUUGCAACGUUACGAGUACUUUUUACCGGCGGCGAAGUUGCCAACCUGCGCGCAAUAGGAACUAUCCUGGCUAAAGGACCCCCCAAACAUUUUAUCAAUGCAUACGGGCCCACAGAAUGUUGUAUUUACUGUCUUGCACGCGAGAUCACCAUGGACGACGUGACUGCAGGCAAGUUAAGCAUUGGCCAUCCGAUUGGUCAUAACGUGUGCUUUGUCGCAGACGAAGAGGGAAACCCUCUGUCGGAUGGUGAGGAUGGCGAGCUACUGGUUGGCGGUCCUGGUGUGUCGCCGGGUUACGUGAAUCACCCCGAUAAAAAUGUGGCAAGUUUCAUAGAUGGCAUGGUAGAUCCGCAAACAGGCACACAUUACCGCAUAUAUCGGACAGGAGACCUUGUAAGGCGUCGUAUUGAUGGGCAGCACGAUUUCAUAGGCCGCCGAGACCACCAGGUCAAGAUACGAGGAUAUCGUAUCGAGCUCAGCGCAAUUGACACGGUUCUCAUGGAGACGGGCUACUUUUCAGAAGGGGUUUCCAUGCGGGUUGAUUCCAUGGAAGAUGGUGCUAGUUCAGCUCUCGUCGCCUUUGUCGUUCUCGGGGAGUCCAGUCCGCCUACAUUCAAGGCGGAUGCGCUCACACUACUACGUGUGGCACUUCCAGAGCAUAUGGUACCGCAUCUUGAGGUAAUUCCGAAAAUGCCACUGAAUGCCCACGCAAAGGUGGACCGCCAGCGACUAGCAGAGAUGUAUCAUCAACGACGCGAGAAAUAUCUGCACGGUCUAAGCCAACACUCGGCGAAGUUGAGCACACGCGAGCAUCUAGCUCGUCUCUGGGCUACCAUUCUGGCCACUCCACUGCCUCAAUAUACAAAUGAGGAUGACUUUUUCCUUCUAGGCGGAACAUCAUUACAGGCGUCAAUUCUUAUUAGUCGCAUUGAACAAGAAUUGAGCACAAAGAUCUCGCUGCUCACACUGUAUGAUCACUCAACCUUGGGUGAGUUGGCCAGUGUUAUUGACUGCCACCGAGGCGGCUUUCUCGACACUGUGCGGAAUGAACGGGACUUGUGGAUGGCGGAUACGCUAUUGGCGGAUGAACUGCAAUUGCCUGUUAGGCCAGUAAUUGACUGGCGUAGCGAGACUGAGGGCCGCGUCUUCCUUACGGGUGGGACAGGGUUCGUUGGUGUAUUCUUGCUCGCAGCUCUGCUAGCGAUGCCAGAUGUACACCAGGUAGGUUGCUUGGUACGGGCAACGGACGCCACAGCCGGGCGGGAGAGGCUACGGGCCGCGUUGACUAAAUAUGGCCUUUGGCGGGAGGCAUUUUUGCCCAAGAUACUCCCUCUGUGUGGCAUGCUGGAGGACCCUUGGCUUGGGCUAGGAGAGAAUCGAUAUCAUGAGAUAGCAGAAUGGGCGAGCGUGAUUUUCCACCUCGGUGCGCGGGUGAACUAUACCCAACCGUACUCUCUUCACCGGCCCGCCAAUAUUCUUGGAACGGUCCACGUAGCUCGCAUGGCGGUUACAGGCCGACACAAGGGACUGCAUUACUGCUCUAGCAUUUCAUGCUUUGGGCCUACGGGCCUGUUAACAGGGGCUAAGAUGGUGUACGAGGAUGCCCCAUUGCUGCCGCAUCUGGAGGCCUUGCCUUACGACCACGGUUAUGCGCAAAGUCAAUGGGUAGCAGAUGAGCUUCUGCGACGGCUCAUGAAACGAGGUUUUCCAAUCGCAGUAUAUCGGCCUGGGUUCAUCACCGGUGAUCGCCAGACGGGAGCCUGCAAUCCAGACGAUUUCUUUAGUCGGCUUAUUCGUGCCAGUCUUGAUCUCGGGUGCUACCCCAAUCUCCCUAACCAGCGUAAGGAGUUUGUGCCAGUAGAUUAUGUGGUGGCCGCAAUGUUGCACAUCUCGUCAUCAGUGUUCACUCUCGGGCAUUCGUUCCACUUGCUUCCGCGGCGGGCAAUGUCGAUUGACAUGGGUGAAGUUAUGGAGCUUCUUAGCCAAGUUCGCGGUGUCCCUAUGGAGUGUCUAUCGUAUGAGGCGUGGAUUGAGCGCCUGUCAGCCAGUUCUCAUGCCAGCCUCCAACCCUUGCUCCCAAUGCUGGCAGAGAAAGUACACAACGGGCUUAGCCGGUGGGAAAUUUACGAAAACAUGCCUGUAUAUGAUGACACCAACACAACGCGCGCGCUGGAAACAUAUCCUGGGGGGCUUCGGUGUCCGUGUUUUGAUCGCAAGAUGAUGGAGAAGUAUGUCGAGUAUCUUAACAGAUGA